UGGGGUGUUGUGAAUUCGUGUAGCAAAGAAAUCUUGAGUGGGAGUUGUCUGGACUGAUUUGUUGUGAGUUUUGACCGUCGUUUCGCACCGAUCAGCACCGCGCCAGCCGCAGCCAUGCCCGGGAUAGAGAAGCUGCCGAUAGAGGAGACGCUGGAGGACAGUCCGCAGACUCGCUCUCUGCUGGGAGUGUUUGAGGAGGACACUGCGGCCAUGUCCAACUACUGCACACAGCUCUAUCAGGCCAUGCAGAGGAUUUAUGAUGCACAGAAUGAGCUCAGUGCUGCAACACACCUGACCUCCAGACUGCUGAAAGAGUACGACAAACAGCGUUUUCCUCUGGGAGGCGAUGAUGAGGUGAUGAGCUCCACCUUGCAGCAGUUUGCAAAAGUCAUCGAUGAGUUGAGUUCCUGUCACGCCGUCUUGUCCACCCAGCUUGCAGAUGCCAUGAUGUUUCCCAUCACUCAGUUUAAAGAGAGAGAUCUGAAGGAGAUCCUCACUCUGAAAGAAGUCUUCCAAAUAUCCAGUGAUGAUCAUGAUGUAGCCAUUAACAGAUACAGCCGCCUGUCCAAAAAGAGGGACAAUGACAAGUUGCGGGCGGAGGCUGUGGAGGAUGUCUACACCUCCCGCAAGAAACAGCACCAGACCAUGAUGCACUACUUCUGCUCGCUCAACACUCUGCAGUACAAGAAGAAGACGGCUCUGCUGGAGCCGCUGCUGGGCUACAUGCAGGCCCAGGUAUUUUUCUUUAAGCUGGGAUCAGAAAAUCUCACCCAGCAGUGGGAGGACUUCCUGGGAACCAUAGGAACCAGUGUCCAAAAUGUGCGUCGGGAGAUGGAGGAGGAGGUCGGACAGAUGCAACAAACCAUCCAGGAGAUGGAGAGAUCAUGUGACCCUCUGUAUGCACCUUGUGACCCUGACCCCCGCCCACUCCCUGUCUGUCGCAACCUGACCAGGAAACAGGGUUACCUGUACAUCCGCAAUAAGACGGGGCUGGUGUCGUCUUCCUGGGAGCGUCAGUACUUCUUCACGCAGGGCGGUAAUCUGAUGCAGCAGGGCCGGGGCGAGGUGGCGGGCGGGCUGGUCACAGACCUCGACAACUGCUCCGUCAUGGCGGUGGACUGCGAUGACCGCCGCUUCUGUUUCCAGGUCACUUCCUUCGAUGGCAAGAAAGUGGUGACGCUGCAGUCUGAGAGCAGGAAGGACUGCGAGGAGUGGAUCUCUACCAUCAACAACAUCUCCAAACGGAUCUACCUGAGUGAGAACGCCGAGGAACUGGCAGCCAGAGUGAACCAAUCAGCUCUUGAAGCCGUGACGCCAUCGCCGUCCUUUCAGCAGAGACACGAGAGCAUGAGACCCAGCAGUAAAGGGCGUACGGGCCGAGCGAGCAGCAUCAGCUCUGUGGGCUCCGAGCCGUCGCCUGCCCUCUCUGUGCUCUCAUUGGACGCGCUGGUUGCCCCGGAAACACCCAUCCAGUUUGACAUCAUUUCCCCCGUCAGUGAGGAGAAUUCAGCACAGAGCAAGACGGCAGCACAGUCCGGCAGAAGGAGUAAUCCAUUCGGAGAGUCAGGAGACAGCACAUCAGACGAUGGAAGUGAAGACUCGAUCCUCCACCAGCUCUUCAUAGUUCGCUUCCUGGGCUCCAUGGAGGUGAGGACUGCUGAGUCAGCAGACGUCAUCUCUGAGACCAUGAGGCAAAUCCUGGCAGCCCGAGCCAUCCACAACAUCUUCAGGAUGACCGAGUCACACCUGCUGGUCACCUGCGACUGCCUCAAGCUCAUUGAUCCUCAGACACAGGUCACUCGACUCAGGUUCCCUCUCUCCAGUGUCAUUCAGUGUUCGUCCCAUCAGGACAACAAGAGGCUGUUUGGGUUCGUUUUGCAGACGCCGGGCGGGCGGGGCGAAAGCCGAGCCGUCUGCUACAUCUUCGAGUCUAACAACGAUGGAGAGAAGAUCUGCGACAGCAUCGGUCUGGCCAAGCAGAUAGCCUUCCACUCUGAGAUGGACCGUAAGGCGGUGGAGAAGAGGAAGGAGCACGACAAGGCCAAAGAGAAACAGCAGGAAGAACUCAGCAAGCAGAGACAGAUUGAGAAGGAUCUGGAGGAGCAGAGCCGUUUGAUCGCCGCCUCGAGUCGCCCUGCUAACCCGCCUGCCGCUGACGGACAAUUCCUGGUGCUUAGCAACAGCCAAUCAGAGGACAGCGACGCUGGAGAGGAGGGGAAGAAAAGGGGCGAGUCUGAAGCCUAACAAAGACAACCGAGGACGCAUGUUUCACUACCCAGGCGAGUCCCAGCUGGUACUGUCAAAGCUACAGCUCAGGAAUCAGAGAAGGGGAACUCCACCCGCCUGCCCGGGCUGCAUGAGACAGGAAAACAUGCGCUCCCUCUCUCGCUGGACUCUGAAGUUUCCGUUGGAGCCUGUCAUUCUGAGAACGGAGGAUAAACUGAACGCACCCUCACUAUAACGAGGGGGAGGGGAGAAUGAGAGGCAAAGUCUUGUCACAGACUUGUGUGUUUUUUUUUUUCUGUGUGUUAAAAACGCUGCUUUUUUUACCGACCGGCUCCACUCUCCAGAAAAGGAUGCAAAUAUAGAUCUAACCUGUAAGUUUCUGUUUAUUAUGUUUAUUUCAUAGAAAAACUUAACAGCAACGACAGAGGAUUUAAAGCAAAACAACGUACGGAAUAAUGAACCAGGAUCUGAAGAUAAAGUCAGAUUUGGAAAGAUUCAUUGGACGCCUCAGUGUUGUUGGUUAAAGAGCGAGAAAAACAAAUAGAAAAAGGGAGCAAAGAGUCUUAUUUUGAAGAGUCCUUCCUGUUGUGAUGUGUUCAUUAGCUGACCACUUUUUAAAACAUCCUACAGUGUUUUUGAUUAAAAAUAAAAAAAUCUUUAGGGUUGGGCGAUUUUUCUUCUGAACCCCAUCAGACCCAAACCCAUCGACAAUUGCUGAUAUAUUUGUGUAGGUGUGUGUGCGCAUCUCACACCUACUUUCAUUAUUACACAGAAAAAUAGAGCCGUUUGAAUUCAAGUUUCUCUCUUUCACCAAACUAAGAAAAGCCAAAUUAAUUGCCUUGUUAACUCAUCCUUAAACACAAAAAGACACGAAAAAGUUUUUCGAACGUUCCAACAAUCACCAACUCUGCUUUGGUCAAAAUUAAACCCUCAAUUCAGAGAGUUCGAUGAUAACAUUUAUCGUCUCCACGUGCUGUUUUUCCCCACUGAGCAGCGGCGGCUCCGACUUGCUUUUCAGAGGCAAACCGUUAAAUUAGCAAAAUAACAUGACAAAAAUAGCCCCAAAAAACUGGCAAUAUAUUCAGUUUAUUGCCGAUAGCCGAUGUUUGUCCAAUCGCCCAACCCUAAUAAUCUUUCAGUUGCUGGUUUUCACUCAUUUGUCGUGACCGAAUGAAAAUCCACUUGUGAAGCCUUAAAACAUGCCGAAUUUCCAUCACAGUAGAGCUUCAGCAAUUAGUAGAUUAAUCAAUUAGUUGAUCAACAGAAAAUUAAUGCAACUAUUUAAAUAAUAAAUUAAUCAAGUAAGUAAUUUCUAAGCAGAAAUGCCACUGAUGUAAUGGUUCCAGCUUCUCACAGGUGAGAAUUAUUUUCUGGGUAUUUUCUGACUGUUUUCAGAUGUUGUAAAGAACAGUUAAUCGAAAAAUGAUCAUUAGAUUAAUCGAUAUUUGUCAUUUGCAGCCUUACAUUGCAGUGAACAUCAUAGCCACUUUAACUGUGAUGAAAAUUGAUGUUAUCAUUGAGGAGUAAAGCAGCCGUACGUCCACACUGAUUUAAAAUGAACUGUAGGCGGCGACUGCAUGGAAGGUGAAUAGAAACGUAUUCAGAGGUCCAUGACGUCAUCUGGUCAGCACGGGCUUGUUAAUUUGCAGGUCAAAAUAUUUUCAAGAAGUCUUUGGUUAAAAAGUGGUUCAAAUUUUGGAUAAAAGAACCUCUUUCUUCUCUUUCUUUUAGAUCUUUGCCAACACUUUCAACAAAGAAAAUGAUACAGUUUUGACCUGGAAAUCAUGAAAUCAUCCCCCACUCAGUCUGUAAUGACUUGGAAACACUGAUAUAUAGAUAUUUGCAGUAAUAUGCAAAAACACAAUAUUUUAAAAUGAUGAUCACUAAAAUUUCAGCACCUCUUUUCCCUUUAAUCAUAGCACGACAAAUUCUGUCAGCUCUACUUCAGCCACAGUCGAAAUAUUUUGACCCCAUCCUCCAUAUAAAGACUUUCAGUGCCAAUAUUAACUUUGUUUCAUAAUUCACCUUUUUUUGUAUUUCUGUAUUUGUUGAGGUAAUUGUAGAGAAACAUAAAGUAUCAUUAACCCUGCUUUGUUGAGCAUCUGAUAGAUGUCAUGUCGUUUGUAUGCGGUGUGCAUUAGCAUGUUGUCAGGACCGGAGCCACCAGAGCUGCCAUGAGAAGGUCUUAAAGGUGUGAAACUAAAGAAAUGAAAAUUUUGAAUCCUUUUCCUAAGAAGAUAUUUAUUCCAGAAUUAGAUGACAGCAACUUCAGCCUCUAACAAAAUGAAUACCUGCAUGAAAAUAGCGCUCGUUAAUGAGAAUCAUAUACUGUUUAUACUGAAGCCCACAAAAGAGCCAAAGAUGCUUCGCUCUCCUUCCUCGCUUUGAUAAGACUGAAACGCAGGUCUGACGUUUGGAAAAGUUAAACACAAGCACAAAUCUGAUCAAACAUAUUUGUUGACUCGUCGAUACUUUUUGAAAACUGAAAGAAAAAGGUUCUGGCUCGACUAUUGUCUUCUCUGCUAAGCUGGCGUGUUUUAUUCAUACAGAAAACAUAUUAACACAAACUGUCUGCCAAAUAAUCAGCUAUGUUUCUCCUGAUGUCGCAAUAUUUAUCAGCGCUUUAAUACAAAAUGUUUCUGUGUCAUUUGUUUGAGGCCUUUUCUGUUUCUCACAGGUUUUAUUCAUUAAUUUUUUUUUGUUUUAUCCAGAGUGAGCCACGCUGAUUAUCUGUUAAAAAAAACAACAAUAAGCUUCAGUUCCAGCAUCUAUAAACAUGACGUGUAGGGAUAUUAAAGGUCAGAGGUCACAGGCUUCUAUAGGGACAACAACAUGGUGAAGACGUUUCUGAAAUCCCUAAAUCAUCCGUUACUGAAGGUGAUUUCAUUUUUUAUGUUUUUUUUGGGAGGUUGUUUUCUUGCCGAAACCAGGUGAAGAACGAGCUGCACUUUACUGACGCAGGAAAACAGACGGGGGUCGAUGAUGUUGAACUGUAAAUAUGUUUCAGUGAUAAUUGUUUCAGUGUCAUGAAUAAUUAAAAAAAGGCUUUUCAUUGAUAAAUAAAAGCACUAACUCCA